GGCUCCACACCCCACGGCUCCAUGCUAUAUGGCGUGGCUAGGGCACUCCUGAACGGGCAAGGUGGAGGUGAGGAGAGGGGGCUUUCACGAGACAGAUGGACUUCCAGCCAAACUGGGCACGGACAAGGGAAAUGGCGACCUCAGUCGAUGGGACUGAGACUGUGGGUGAAGCUGCUGGGACCACACCCUAUGACUAUGAGGGGGCACUGCCAUGUGAAAAAAGCAACAUCAAGGAGCUGGGGGCCCAGUUCCUGCCCCCACUGUAUUCCCUGGUGUUCAUGGUUGGUCUGCUGGGCAAUGUAGUGGUGGUGGUGAUCCUCACAAAAUACAAUAAGCUCCGCAUUAUGACCAACAUCUACCUGCUCAAUUUGGCCAUUUCGGACUUGCUCUUCUUAUUCACUCUGCCGUUCUGGAUUCACUAUGUUGGGUGGAAUGAGUGGGUUUUUGGCCACCAUAUGUGUAAGUUGCUCUCUGGGCUCUAUUACAUGGGCUUGUACAGUGAGAUCUUCUUCAUCAUACUCCUGACCAUAGACCGGUAUCUGGCCAUCGUUCACGCCGUGUUUGCCCUUCGAGCCCGGACGGUCACUUUUGGUAUCAUCACCAGCAUCUUCACCUGGGGCCUGGCAGGGUUAGCAGCCCUCCCUGAAUUUAUCUUCCAUGAGUCCCAAGAGGAGUUUGAACAGACUUUCUGCAGUCCCCUUUACCCAAAGAAUGGAGAAAAUGCCUGGAAGUGUUUCCAUGCUCUGAGGAUGAAUAUCUUGGGUCUCGCUCUGCCUCUGCUCGUUAUGGCCAUCUGCUACUCAGGAAUCGUUAAAACACUGCUGAGAUGCCCCAGUAAAAAAAAAUACAAGGCCAUCCGGCUCAUUUUUGUCAUUAUGGUGGUCUUCUUUAUUUUCUGGACACCCUACAAUCUGGUUGUCCUUCUCUCAACUUUUCAAAUGCACCUGGAGACUGACUGUGAGCAGAGCAGACAGUUGGACCUAGCCAUGCUGGUGACGGAGGUGAUCGCCUACACCCACUGCUGUGUCAACCCCGUGAUCUACGCCUUCGUUGGUGAGAGGUUCCAGAAGCACCUCCGCCACUUCUUCCACAGGCACGUGGCCAUCUACCUGGGCAAAUUCAUCCCAUUUCUUCCUAGUGAAAAAAUGGAAAGAGCCAGCUCUGUCUCCCCAUCAACAGGGGAGCAGGAACUCUCUGCUGUAUUUUAGGUCAGAUGCAGAACAUUGCCUAAAGAAGAUGGACGGGGCAGAUGAAGCAAACACAUCCACCUCUGCACCAGUCCUCUGAACUUCCAGCGCAACACUGAAGUUCUUAAAGACAUUAAAAUAUAUACCCAAUGGUAGCAGUAUAUCUAUGCACCCCAAAGUCAUUACCAAAGGUCAGCAGCUGGGCAGUGACUUAUUGUCAAACCUGAGAAGUAGAGCUUUGCUUGAUUCUUUCAAGAGUUAAAUAUAUUUUAAUGUACCUGAAUGUUACACAGUUAC